GCGACCUUCUCCCGCACCAGCUCGCGCGCGGCCAGAGGCACCCCCGGGAGCCGCAGCAUGCAGAUCCCAUUUCCAAAGAAGAAUUGCUUCCAGUUACUUUGUAACUUCAAGGUCCCAGCAGCUGGCUUUAAAAGCACAGUAAAAAGUGGGCUCAUUUUACAGUCUAUUUCCAAUGAUGUGUACCAAAAUCUGGCAGUAGAAGACUGGAUCCAUGACCACAUGAAUCUAGAAGGCAAGCCAGUUCUUUUCCUUUGGAGAAAUUCUCCCUGUGUUGUGAUUGGUAGGCAUCAGAAUCCUUGGCAGGAAUGCAACCUGAAUCUGAUGAGAGAAGAAGGUAUAAAACUGGCUCGAAGAAGAAGUGGAGGAGGAACUGUUUACCAUGAUAUGGGUAAUAUCAAUUUGACUUUUUUUUCAACCAAAAAAAAGUAUGAUCGGAUGGAAAAUCUGAAAUUAGUUGUAAGAGCUCUGAAUGCUGUCCAGCCUCAGCUGGAUGUGCAGCCUACCAAAAGGUUUGACCUUUUACUUGAUGGACAGUUUAAAAUCUCAGGAACAGCUUCUAAGAUUGGCCGGACUACUGCUUAUCACCAUUGCACUUUAUUAUGUAGUACUGACAGGACCUUCUUGUCAUCUUUGCUGAAGAGCCCUUACCAAGGGAUCAGAAGCAAUGCCACUGCCAGCAUACCUUCCUUAGUAAAAAAUCUUUUGGAUAAGGAUCCCACUCUGACCUGUGAAGUAAUGAUGAAUGCUAUUGCUGUAGAAUAUGCUGCUUAUCAUCACAUUGAUAAACAUAUUCACCUAAUAAACCCAACAGAUGAGACACUGUUUCCUGGAAUAAAUAACAAAGCCAAAGAACUACAAACCUGGGAGUGGAUAUAUGGCAAAACUCCAAAGUUUACUAUAAACACUUCUUUUAAUGUAUUAUAUGAACAGUCAUAUUUGGAAAUUAAAGUAUAUAUAGACAUAAAGAAUGGAAGAAUUGAAAUUUGUAAAAUUGAAGCACCUGAUCAUUGGUUGCCAUUAGAAAUAUGUGACAAAUUAAACUCAAGUUUUAUUGGCAGUAAGUUUUGCCCAGUUGAAACUACAUUACAUAAAACAAGUCUAGAAGAUGAUGAACUGCACAGUAAAUGGAAUAUUCUCUGUGAAAAAAUUAAGGGGAUAAUGUGAUUUCAAGUAAAUUUCUUAAUAUUUGUUUAAAUGAGAAAAUUUAAA